AUGUCUAUUCCGUAAGUCACGAGGGCAUCAAAGUGCCACAGGGGCUCGCGAAUGCGCUUUGUUGUUGAUUCGUAUUGGCCUGCCACCACAGCACCUCACAAAAGGUAUUGCGCCUAGAGAAGCCUAAUGGUCAGCAAAAGGGACAAAGGAACCUCGCGGCUGUGCGUGAAGCGCCAGUGCCAGAUGCCAAGGAUGGGCAGGUACUGGUCCAGAUUCACGCUGCUGGCUUCAACAGGAGAGACGAGUGGGCGAUGCUGGGCGCUUAUCCUGGCUUGACCUACAAGGACUCUACCUUGGGGUGCGAUGGAGCGGGAGUCAUCGUCCGGGGAGAUGCAGCUUCGAAGCCCACCCAUCCUCGAGGUCUUGUGCUGCUAGUACCCACUCGUGGCUGGGCCUCCGAUAGAGCUGGUCCGGAGGCUGAGUUGCCGAACAGCACAGCGAGCAAAGAGGUGAACGACCUGGGAGGCAAAGGCUUUGGCUUGCUUGGCGCUACCAAACCGACUUCGGGAGCAGGAACGUUUGCGGAGUACAUUCAGGUUGGUAAAGAUCAGGUUGCAGAUGCACCCCGCCAUCUCGAUGCGGUGCAGGCGGCAUGCUUGCCCUGCGGUGGAGUGACUGCAUACAGGUGAGUGGAGAGGAGCGCGUUUGUAGGGCAUGGGCGGGGGAUCGGAAGCAGUCCUGAUGUCCUGAUGUCCUGAUGUGCGAUUUCAUGACCUCUGCUGGCGCCUUGCCUCCCAUCAGAGCCCUCUUCAGCAAAGGUCAGCUGCAAAGCGGUCAGAAUCUGCUGGUCACGGGAAUCGGUGGAGGCGUGGCUCUACUGGCUUUGCAGCUCGCCGUCGCUGCUGGUGCCAACGUGUAUGUGACGGGUGGAAGCGAUGCAAAAAUUGCUCGAGCAAAGGAGCUCGGCGCCAAAGGCGGCGCGAUUUACAAGGAUGCCAAGUGGCCGGAGCAGAUCCGGAAAUUGCUGGCGGAGCACAGCAAGGACAGACCCUAUUUGGACGUGGUGCUGGACAGUGCGGGUGGUGAGAUACCGGCCCAGGCGGCUAAAUCUGGCAUCAAAAAUGGAGGGAAGAUUGUGUGUUUUGGAAUGACGGCGGUCCCUAAGAUGACGUUCACGAUGCGUGAAGUGCUGAGGAACGUCGACGUCCUGGGUGAGUUUGCCAGAAAGGCCUCGGAGCGUCUGCAUGCUGAGCUGGGUAUGCUUCGCCCUGCAAACCAAACAGGUUCGACGAUGGGAAGCGCAGCAGAGUUCCGCGAUAUGCUCAGUUUCGUCGAGAACCACAAAAUUGUGCCCAUCGUUGACACGGUUCUGCAAGGCUUGGAUGAAGCUAAGAAAGGCUUUGUGAGUCAGGGCUUGAUUCAGCAACCUACUGCCCCCCUUUUUGCUGACUAGAUCCCUCCAUGGCAUCACCUAUGCUUCAGCCUCUGCUGGCUGACGCUGACAAGAGGAGCGGUGGCAAGGUGGUCGUGUCGCUGGUGUCGAAUCAAUCGAAGCUUUGA